AUGCCCCAUGUAACAACAAAAACAACCCAAGACAGCCCAGGCGAGGGCCCACAGUCCCCAACAACAGCAGCAGCAACAACGACAACAACCGAAGACCCCAGCACCACCGACGAAUUCACACGCCUGGUAAAGUUCGUCUCUGCAUACCGAGAAUCCGACUCCACCAGACCCGCCGACGAGGGCGAAGUGCGCGUCUCCCGGGUCUGGUACGCGCCCUGGCGCAAGAAGAAAUACCGAUGGAAGCACACCGGCGGCGGCGGCGCGCGCAAGCUCCCCAACGACUGGCUGUUGACUGAUAUCCGGCAGGGGCUGGGGGAAGCGGAUGUUGAGGCUCGGCGGAGUGUUGCUGGGUUCAAUGAGUUGGCUGCGAAGAGGGAGAAUCCGUUUGCGAAGGUGGUUUCGUAUUUCCAGGGGCCGAUUCUUUAUGUUAUGGAACUUGCAGCUUUGCUUUCCGCCGGGCUGGAGGACUGGAUCGACUUUGGCGUCAUUAUUGGGAUUCUGUGUCUGAAUGCCUCGGUUGGCUGGUACCAGGAGAAGCAGGCAGCAGAUGUGGUUGCGAGUCUCAAAGCCGAUAUCGCGAUGCGGGCGACCCUUGUGCGCGAUGGACAAGAAGCUGAUUCUCUUGCUCGGGAGUUGGUUCCUGGGGACGUGAUUGUGGUCGAUGAAGGGCAGACUGUGCCUGCAGAUGCCAAGGUCAUUUGUGCAUACAAUGACCGUGAGAACGGGUGGAAGGAGUAUAAUGAGCUCCUGAAGGACGGGGAGCUGGAAGGCUCAAGCAGUCAGUCUCAAAACGACGACCACGAAGACGCAAUAGAGAGCAGACGCGGCCAUUCAAUCGUAGCCUGCGACCAUUCCGCAAUCACAGGGGAAUCGCUCGCCGUGGACCGCUACGUCGGAGACACCGUGUUCUACACAGCCGGGUGUAAACGCGGAAAAGCAUACGCGGUGGUGCAGGCGACUGGACCGCGGACAUUCGUUGGGAGAACCGCCGCAAUGGUCCAGAACGCAAAGGACACCGGCCAUUUCAAAAUGGUGAUGGAUAGUAUCGGGACGUCGCUUCUGGUGCUGGUGAUGGCGUGGAUCCUGGCUGUGUGGAUCGGCGGCUUCUAUCGGAAUAUCCCCAUUGCGUCACCUGGGGAGCAGACACUGUUGUUCUACACGCUGGAGCUCAUGAUCAUUGGCGUCCCUGUUGGUCUGCCUGUUGUCACGACGACGACGCUGGCUGUUGGGGCUGCGUAUCUUGCGAAGAAGAAGGCGAUUGUGCAGAAGCUUACGGCGAUUGAGUCUCUUUCGGGAGUCGAUAUCCUCUGCUCCGACAAAACAGGCACAUUAACAGCCAACCGCCUCAGUAUCCGCGAGCCAUUCGUGGCCGAGAACGUCGACGUGAAUUGGAUGUUUGCAGUGGCAGCCCUAGCCUCGUCGCACAACGUGAACUCGCUCGACCCCAUAGACAAAGUGACCGUGCUCUCCUUGAAACAGUACCCCAGGGCCAAGGAGAUCCUGCAGCAAGGCUGGAAGGUCGAGCAAUUCCACCCCUUCGACCCGGUAUCCAAGCGGAUUGUCGCGGUUGCAACGUGCAACGGCGUCAGGUAUACCUGCACAAAGGGCGCACCCAAGGCCGUCCUGCAGCUGACCAAUUCCUCCGAGGCGAAGAUGUACAAGGAGAAAGCAACGGAGUUCGCGAGUCGCGGGUUCCGGUCCCUGGGCGUGGCCGUGCGCAGGGAAGACGAGGACUGGACGCUGCUUGGGAUGAUGCCCAUGUUUGACCCGCCCAGGGAGGACACUGCGCAGACGAUUGCCGAGGCGCAGAAGCUGGGCGUGCAGGUGAAGAUGUUGACUGGCGACGCGAUCGCUAUUGCAAAGGAGACCUGUAAACUGUUGGCGCUGGGGACCAAAGUCUUCAACUCUGAACGGCUCAUCGGCGGAGGCCUCGGUGCCAUGGCCGAGGAUCUUGUUGAGCGCGCAGAUGGGUUUGCAGAGGUCUUCCCUGAGCAUAAAUACCAGGUUGUCCAGAUGCUCCAGGAGCGCGGCCAUCUCACAGCCAUGACAGGGGACGGGGUGAACGACGCGCCCUCGCUGAAGAAGGCAGACUGUGGAAUCGCAGUUGAAGGCGCCUCUGAAGCAGCCCAGUCCGCUGCGGAUAUCGUCUUCCUAGAACCUGGCCUCUCAACUAUUAUCGACUCUAUCAAAGUCGCGCGGCAGAUCUUCCACCGCAUGAAGGCCUACAUUCAAUACCGAAUAGCACUCUGUCUGCACCUGGAGAUCUACCUAACAACCACCAUGAUAAUCCUCAACGAGAGCAUCCGCAGCGACCUCGUCGUGUUUCUCGCCCUCUUCGCAGACCUCGCAACCGUCGCUGUGGCAUACGACAACGCAUCCUACGAGCUCCGCCCUGUCGAGUGGCAGCUGCCUAAGAUCUGGAUCAUCUCUGUGAUUCUCGGCAUCCUGCUCGCCGCAGCAACGUGGGCGAUCCGCGGCACCAUGUUCCUGCCCAACGGCGGCAUAAUCCAGAACUGGGGCUCGAUCCAGGGGGUCAUAUUCCUCGAAGUGGCGCUGACCGAGAACUGGCUGAUAUUCGUCACGAGGGGCGGGGAUACGUGGCCGUCUGUUCAGCUUGUUGGCGCGAUACUGGCCGUUGAUGCCCUGGCUUCGAUAUUUUGCUUGUUUGGCUGGCUCUCGAAUAGGGACAUGGUCACCAACCCGUAUGACCAGCUGCUGGAUACCCCGACGGCAACGAGUAACGGGUGGACGGAUAUUGUGACUGUUGUGCGCAUCUGGGGGUUUUCGCUGGGGGUGACGAUUGUGAUUGCGUUGCUGUACUUUGCUCUAAAUAAGAUCCGGUGGCUGGAUGACCUGGGCCGGAAGAAGCGCAGCAGAGGCGAGAUCCAGGUCGAGAAUAUCCUGAGCCACCUCGCUCAGGUUACUAUCCAGCAUGUGCAGGAGUCUGAGACGGGAAGUGGACGGUUCUUCCUGGCGUCGAAGAAAGAGGAGGAGGAGCCUGAGUAG